UUUCCCUGUUUUAUAAGAUAAAUAACCUAGAAAUAAAGAAGACCAAGAUCAGAAUCAAGGAACAGACGACCUGAACCCAGACCAAGACCUCACCUCUCACACACGUGCAUUUGUGUACACUACUGGAACCUUGAGGAACACCCAUAAAAUAUGCACAGAUAUGGCAGCAAUACAAGGACAAACUAAGAAGAAGAAUCAGAAAGCAAAGAAGAGGAAGAGAAAUGCCAGCAACUCAAGCACCACAGGCAACACAACACAAUGCCUGACCAAUGGAAACACACACAACAAGAACCUGAAGGAGGGGAAGCAGAAGAAACAGAAGAAGGAAGAGGAUGCAGGAAACAAAAAAAAAAGGCCUGAAAGAUGAACCAAAACAAAAUAAGUGAAGAAAGUCAGACUGGAGAGAAGAAAAUAGAGGUGAUGGAAGAGAAGGUGCCUCCCAUCACCACAGAAGAGAUGAAGGUGCAGAAGAAAAAGAAGCAGAAGAAGAAGAAGAAGAAGAAGGGAGGUUUGCAGAUGGAAGAAGGAGUGAAUGCAGAAGAAAAUAAGGAAGAGGAGAAGAAAGUAGAAGAUUUGUCACAGGCAGAAGAAAAGAAGCAGGAAGGAAAUAAUAAUGUUACUGAGGCCAAAAAGAAGAGGAAAAGGAAGAAGAAGAAGAAGGUCGCAGAUAAUGCCAGCACCACAUCAUCUACUAACACGACCACCACCACACCCUUAUCACCAAAACAGAAGAGGAAGAGGAAGAAGGGGAAGAUGGAGCAAGAAAAUAAAUCAAGCACCAAUAAAGAGGAGAAAGAAGAGACAGUAGAUGAUAAAGCCUCACCAGCCAAGAAAAUUAAGAUAGAGGCUUCUGAGGAGGUUAACGAUGGGACAGGGAAGAAGAACAAGAGGAAGAGGAAGAAGAAGAAGAAGAAGGGAAAAGCAAGUCAGGAAGGGAAUGAAGUCAUGAAUGAUAGCAAAGAUGAAGGAAAAGGAACAAAUGAAAUUAAGAAGGAAAAUCUGAGUGAAAAUAACGAUGAAAAGGAAGUAGCAAUGAAUAAUAUCAAUAAACCACCAAUGGCAGAUUCAACAAAAGCAAAAACAAACAAGGAAAAUGAGCCAAACAAACCACAAGAGAAAGACAGAAAAGUUGACAUGACAGGGAAGGAAACAACAGAGAGCAACAAAACAGAUGAAACAGGGAACAAGGGAGAAGAGAAGAAAGGCAAAAAGAGAAGGAAGAGGAAGGGUAAAGGAAACCAGAGUGACAGCAAUGUGAAAACAGAAGACAACAAAGAAGAGAACAAGGAGAAAGAGGAAGAGGUGGAAAUGCCAGCAAAGAAAAUGAGAAAAGAAGACAUCAAGAGCCAGGAAAUGUCAACAGAUGCUAAAAUUGAACUUCAAACAAACUCGACCCAACCAGUUCUCUCGGCCUCACAAAAAAAGAAGCUGAAGAAAAAACAACGUAAAGCUUUAGAGAAACAAGCUGCUGGUGUCACUGGAAGCUCCCCUCAGACCAGUACACCCCCAGCCACUGCCAGCAAGGACAGAGGUGUGGUGGCUCCUCUCCUCCACCCCUCCUGCAGUAGUGAGGACAGCAAGAAGAAGAUCAAGGCAGGAUGGCAAGAGGGGACUGGACCUCAUAAGGAAUCUGUUGUUGUGAAUAAAGGCGACGUAGAAGUUAUCAGAAGCCCUUUCCUCUCCUGCUACAUCCAGAACCUGCUGGAGAGUGAAGAGUUUUUAGAGGGAGUCAAGAAGGAGCUAGAUGACAUUCCACUCCUCUCGAAAAACAAUGAUUUAUAUAAGUUCCACCAGACGGCAGACCUGAAGGAUGUCACCACCCCUUACAUCUCUGCCCUGAGGGACUUCCUAUACAAGGACAUCAGGAUCUGGCUGCAGGAUAUCACAGGACUCCCCCUGCAGGACACUGUGGACAUGGGCUCCUCCAGAUACAGUCACACAGAUGUGUUGCUGUGUCACGAUGAUGUGCUGGAGGGCCGCCUCAUUGCCUACAUCCUCUACCUGGUUCCCCCAUGGUGCAGCAAGGACGGCGGCACUCUCGACCUCUUCUCCUGUGACGACAGUGGUCACCCCAAGGAUAUUGUGAGGUCGCUGGUUCCUAAGAAUAAUGCCUUUGCCUUCUUCCAAGUCUGCCCUGCAUCUUUCCAUCAGGUUUCCGAAGUUCUGUCGCAGGACAAAACACGUCUCUCAAUCAAUGGCUGGUUCCAUGGGCCCUCAGUGACACAGCAGGAGGAAAAGCCACUCCCUUCCCUGCCUCUCCUUGGCCCCGGGCAGUUUGAGGAGGAAGACUUCUACGCUUGGAUCAACCCGAUGUACCUCGACAUGGAGACGCAGAAGGAGAUUAGGAAAAAGUUCUGUGCCGAGUCUGAGUUGGAGCUGGAGAACUUCUUGACUGAUGAGGCGUACGAGAAGCUUUCCGCGGCCUUACUGGAGUGUACAGCAUGGAGGCAGACCGGGCCCGCCAACCGACACUCCUAUGAGGUUCUCCCAUCAGAUGCAGUGCCGCAGGAGGUGAGGAAGUGCCAACAGUUCCUGCAGUGUGAGGCAUUCUUCCUUGUCCUGUCGCAGCUCACAGGACUCCGGCUCCACCCCAAGGCCCCACAGGACUCCGACAAUGAUGAUUCCGAUGAUGAAAAGAGUCCUGCCGAGCCUAACCCACGUUGUCGAGUGGACCCCCAGCGCUGGGGUCACAAAUGCUACACACUACUUAGGGAUGACUGCGUUGACCAACACUCUGCCCUCGAUGCUUAUCUGUUUGCUAACGUCUCCAAGAAGUGGAAGCAGGAGAUGGGUGGGCAUAUCACUUAUAUAGCCAAGGAUGAGGAUGAGGAGUUACUCACAGUCGUCCCAAGAUCAAACUGCCUCAGCCUAGUGUAUUGUGACGCCCAGACGCUGCGAUUCACUAAGUACAUCAAUGCCUCUUGCCUGGAACUGGGUACCAAGGAUUCCCACUACCACUCCAUGUCUUGUGUUUACUAUGAGUGAUUGGCUGGCUGUUGGGAGGAUGUGUGUGUGUGUGUGUGUGUGUGUGUGUGUUUUGAAAGGAUGGCUGGGUGUUGGGAGAGCUAGGGAAGGUGUGUGUAUGUGUUUGUGUGUGUUUUAGGAAAGGAAGGAUGGAAGACUGUGUGUGUGUGUGUGUGUGUGUGUGUGUGUGUGUGUGUGCAUAUUUACCUAGUUGUGCUUUAUGUGUGUGUGUGUUUGUGUUUAGGAUGUGUAUAUGCAUGUUUGGAAGGGUGUGUGAUCUUGGGAGUAUGUAUGUGUGGAGAGAGAGAGAGAGAGAAUGUGUGUGUGUGUGACCAAUUCCUAAACAGUCAAGAUGAAAUGACGCAGGGUUUAAGAAUGCAGCCUUGAGUCAUGACCUUGCAAUUCAUUGUGAUGAUAAAUGUAAGACUAAGUUAUUAGUGGCAUUAGAUUUAGUUCAGUUUGCUGUUGACUCUGUAAUGGCAAAUGCUAAUGUGAUCCAACUCUUUAUAAUGAAGUUGAGCUAUUGUUAUUGAUGCUGUGAAGUAAAGAAUCAUUUGCAAUUGAA